ACAGAUUUGUGUGUGUGUGUGUGUGUGUGUGUGUGUGUGUGUGUGUGUGUGUGUGUGUGUGUGUGUGUGUGUGCGUGUGUACUUUCUGGUAUUAACAAGAGUUAUCUGGCUCGAUCAGAAUUCAACAUAAAUUAGUUAUUAUUUAAUUAUUAAUAUCAAUGAAACAAAGUUCACACACUAAUCGAAUCAUGUCCAGACAACAACACUUUUCAUCGACUUUGUGCCCAAGCCAUAUUCACUUUUAAAAGUGUGUCAACAAUACAGUGGGCCGUACACACUGUUACUUACGUUAAACUUCUUUAUACGAAGGUAGAGAGCAAGGACUUGCACCAUGACGUUAAGUUACUGCAUGCCAGUGUACCUAAAGUCAUAAUGUGCUAGAAUCCUCACUGAUCAGGGAACUAAACUGCAGUCACUAGAUAAUUUGUAAAUUGUGUACAUGCUAUGGUAUGAUGCUAUCUAUAUGUAAAUGUGUUGGCUCUAGCUCUAGCAUCCAUGUACACUACAAACUGUGAAUCACUCUGCGCUAGCGUUUGACAAAACGAAUCUGACCGCAAACGCUAUGAAAUGGAACGGACUGCUUUCCGUCACAUAUUGUGAACCCGGCUUUAGGAUGGACAUCACCGUAACGUCCGAAUAAGACCGCGAUCAAUGCAAACAAUGAAAACUGUUAUGCAUAUCAACAUACUGUUUUGUUGAUGAAAUCAUGAUCGUUGCAGGAGUUAUGGCUUCUAACAUAAUCAUUGUACAGCAAGUGGAAACUGGAAUAUCUAAUUCUGAUUCGGUAGAUCUCUCAUGAAACUUCCAUGGAAAAUUCAAACAAACAAACAAAAGAGGCUGCACCAGAUAAUCGCUGAAGUAAAGAAAGACAGCAGCAAAUGCAAGCACACAACAAUGCUGCAUACAUCCAAAAAUAGACAGACAGACAGACAGACAGACAGACAGACAGACAGACACACACGCACACACACACACACACACACACACACACACACACAGACUGUUAUAUGAAACUUGCGCUACCAAUAACAAUCGCUAACUUUACAAAAGAUUUACCGGUAAGUUAAAGACAAAUGUUGUAUCGAUUUCUAUUAGUAUUGCUGUUUGAGAGACCAACCUACACAUUUAUACAGUAAAACCUUAAAAAUGUUUGGGAUAGUCGUAAUUUAUUUCCUAGAAUGUGCAAGGUGAGAUUUUUCCUUUCACAAGAAAUACAUUUCUUGCGUGAGGAAUUCCUGCUACACCUGUAUACUUAAAUUUCAAAGGCUAAUCAGCCAGCUUGGGCUGACAACCUCACCCAACAACAGCUCCGGCGCGAUGGUAUACGAUCAAGCCCCUCAUCUUGCGUUAGACCCAGUUUGAACUGUACAAUACCUACAGACAAUGUACAAUCCAAGUCAAUCGGAGUUGUCUAGAGAUGCAAUUGCUACGAGACCUGGUGGCACUCUCGAGAGACGUACAGCCUCCGAUUGUCGUUGAAGACAGAAUAGAACUUGAAAGUUAUUCUCGCGCUGUAGACAUGUGAACGCAAGGAGCGAGUCCGCAACACGGAAGGCAAAGUAAUACCUGGCCAUCUCUACUGCACUUUUGACUUGCUUUACUGGCUGACGGUGCACUGUAUAUAGCUAUUUGCAUUUUCUUCCGGUCCUCCUUUUUGUGAACGUACUCUUUCUUCCCGAGAAACCUCAGCGACAUGGUGUCGAAUAGGCUGUGGUCGAUUAAUUCCUUCUUCCAUCUGAGCCUCAUCGGGAGGUCUUUCCGUCUGAUUCCGUUGCGCAUUUUCCCUCUUUUCGAAUCUGCCGUAGCUGCUGAGGCAAGCAGCUGUUGAACAGCAGUAGCAGAAGUAUUGCUACAUUGAAGUCUAUAGAGCACAAUGUCACAUUAUCACUUAUGCUAAUGAGGAAAACUCGAGUUGACCAAUCAUCCUAGCCCACGUGCUUUGUGUGUGUUUUUUAGUCAUUCAACUCUAGAGUCGUAUUUUAGGCAAAAUAUUGUGAACAAGAUACGCAUAGGACUCGAUGCAUUUCUAGAUUGUCAUUUAUCACCUAGACGAAUAGACUUCUGCAACAUUAGAAAACUUGUUAUCCGGGAUGUUUUAUGAAGGCGGGGCAAAUAUAACAAUGAGUUGUGUUCUACUGAGUGCCGCUUCGUUUUCUUUCUUGACCAAGGUUUCUUAUCAAUAUUUUGAGAAACGUUGCGCUGUAUCUGCUUGUAAUAGCGUCAAUGAUGUUCGUUCUUACGUUAUUACGCGAACAGUGGAGCUAACUUUCAGUCUAGUGAACUUCGUCCAUGCUCUCAUUUCCACGCUGUGCAGUUCUUUCGUCCUAUUUGCAAUGAGAGGUUACAAAUGGACUGACUUAACAAUGGGACGAGAGAAUCCGUUGAUGGCAUGGACUGUUGAGUUGGUAUGUGGCUAUUUGUUGGUAGAACUUCCGUUCCUUGCACUAGCCAAACGCAGACUUCCUUCUUCUGUAUAUGAAGAAUUUCUUGAAGGAUACGACGAGAUGAUGGUAUUCCAUGGAGUGGCUCUGUUUGGCCUCUUGUCAGUACUGUUGCUAGACAGAGGUUUUGUCAUUGGCCUGUGGGUGAUUUGGACAGAACUGACGUCAGUCUUCCUUGGGUUGGAAACGUUCUUUGAAGUGAGAGGAUACAAUAUUUCUAUGAAGAAUGCAUAUGCUGUCCUGGCAGUUAUUACUACACUAGCUUUCGUUUUGCAACGCUGUUUUCUUUUCAUCUAUUUGCUCUUGUUAUGCUGGACUCAGUUCCAUUGGCAUGCCACCUUUGUGGUGCAAUUUGUUAUUCUCAUUGUGGGAAGUGUGCUGAAUGGUGUCUUCUCUGCUCAGCGCUGCUACUGGACAGUGGCAUGGCUUUGGUCUACCUAUGCAGUCAGACAUAAAUGAGUAUGGUCAAUAUUUUCAUAAAAGUAUCAUUUCAGGAAGAAUGUUGACUAAGUGAGACUGUGACUGCCAUGUGUUAUGAGAGUACAGUGAGUGCUAUUGCGCUGUAUUCACAUUUUAUUACUAACUUGCAAAUAUAUUGAAGCUCUUAACAAAAUGACCAAGAUGUGCCACCACCACCUUGGCAACCAAAUAUUAGCUACAAACAAGCUAGAAAUACUUCUAGGAAUGUUCCUGGUAGCUGUUGAAGCCAAUUCUAGGUACGACACAAAUUUGUUUGGCUUUCAAAACUUCCGAGACAAUAGAAUGCGUCUGGUUCUAAAGGUGUAUCUCCUUCUUAUAAAUCAAUCAAAUGGUGUUAUUUUAAUGCCAUAGCAAGGAACCAACAGUGCACGAAAAGUUAUUGUUAAUUUGGCCACAGCUAUGGAGAAUAAUAUCACUGA